CUAUCGGUGUGUUUUUCACCUUUUCUCAUAUAUACUCAACCCACUCUUGUUCCCUCCAAUACAUUCUCAGAUACCAUUUAUAUAUGUUUGUACAAAAAUAGAAGAUGUGGAAGCUCAAAAUAGGUGAAAAGAAUGGGAAAUUCAACAUCGGUGAUGGAAAUGGUGAUGAAUAUUUAUAUAGCACCAAUAACUUUGUGGGGAGACAAACUUGGGAGUUCGACCCUGAUGCAGGCACGCAGGAAGAACGUGAACAAGUUGAAAGGUUUCGAGAACAAUUUUUGAUUAAUAAGAAGAAACUUGACAUCAGUUGUUGUGCAGAUCUGCUCAUGCGAAAUCAGCUUAUUAAGGAAAGCGGGAUCGAUCUUCUGAGCGAACCUCCAGUGAGACUUGGAGAGGAGGAGGAUGUGAACUUUGAAGCGGUAACAACCGCAGUUAAAAAAGCAGUUCGAUUAAACCGUGCAAUUCAAGCUUGGGAUGGUCAUUGGCCGGCUGAAAAUGCGGGUCCACUCUUCUUCACUCCUCCCCUGAUAAUUGCCCUAUACAUAAGUGGUACAUUGGAUACAAUCCUAACAGAAGAACACAAGAAGGAGAUGAUCCGUUAUAUGUACAUCCAUCAAAAUGAAGAUGGAGGAUGGGGAUUCUAUAUAUCAGGCAGAAGUACAAUGAUAGGGAGUGUCUUGAACUAUGUGGGUCUAAGACUUCUUGGAGAAACUUCAUCACCCAAUGACAAUGGUGAUGGUGCGCUUGCUAAAGGCCGUAAAUGGAUACUUGAUCACGGUGGCGCUACUUCGAUUCCUUCGUGGGGCAAGGUGUAUCUCUCGGCGCUUGGAGUGUAUGAAUGGGCAGGCUGCAACCCUCUUCCUCCAGAAUUCUGGCUUUUCCCUUCCUUUUUGCCUUAUCAUCCUGCAAAAAUGUGGUGUUACUGCAGAACCACAUACAUGCCAAUGUCAUACUUGUAUGGUAGAAGCUUUCAUGGGCCUAUUACAGACCUUGUUAUAUCAUUGAGAGAAGAGAUUCAUGUCAUUCCUUACCACCAGAUUAAUUGGAACAAACAACGACAUAAUUGUUGCAAGGAGGAUCUGUACUACCCCCACACCUACAUCCAAGAUCUCUUAUGGGAUGGUCUUCAUUAUUUUAGCGAGCCACUUAUCACAAAAUGGCCCUUUAAGAAGUUAAGAGAGAAGGGUCUCCAAAGAGUUUUGGAGCUAAUGCAAUAUAACGCUGAGGAAGGACGUUACAUAACCAUGGGUUGCGUGGAAAAGGCUUUACAGAUGAUGUGUUUCUUUGCCCUGGAUCCAAAUGGAAUUGACUUCAAACGACACCUUGCUAGACUGCCGGAUUACUUGUGGAUGGCGGAGGAUGGUAUGAAGAUGCAAAGUUUUGGUAGCCAGUUAUGGGAUUGCACUCUUGUGACUCAAGCAAUUCUCUCAAGUGAUAUGGUUGACGAGUAUGGAGAUUCACUAAAAAAAGCUCACUUUUACUUGAAAGAAUCACAGAUAAAAGAGAACCCAAAAGGAGAUUUCGCAAAUAUGUGUCGCCAAUUUACAAAAGGGGCAUGGACUUUCUCCGAUCAAGAUCAAGGUUGGGUCGUCUCAGAUUGCACCGCUGAAGCUUUGAAGUGUUUAAUGGCGUUGUCGCAAAUGCCACAAGAAAUUGUCGGAGAAAAGGCUGAAGUGGAGCAAUUAUAUGAUGCUGUGAAUGUCCUUCUUUACCUACAAAGUCCACAAAGUGGUGGUUUUGCAAUUUGGGAGGCACCAGUCCCAAAACCAUAUUUAGAGAAAUUAAACCCUUCAGAACUUUUUGCGGACAUAGUGGUGGAAAGAGAGCAUGUUGAAUGUACAGGCUCCAUAAUUCAGGCUCUACAAACGUUCAAAGAUCUACAUCCAGGGCAUCGUGAGAAAGAAAUCGAAGUUGCUAUUGAAAAAGGCAUACACUUUUUGGAAAACAGGCAACAAGAAAAUGGUUCAUGGUAUGGUUAUUGGGGUAUAUGUUAUCUCUAUGGCACAUAUUUUGUGCUUCAAGGAUUAGUAUCUUGUGGGAAAACAUAUGAAAAUAGUGAAGCAGUUCGAAAAGCUGUCAAUUUUUUCCUCUCAACACAGAACUCAGAAGGUGGUUGGGGAGAGAACUUUGAGUCAUGCCCACAAGAGAAAUUUAUACCUUUGGAGGGGAACCGAACAAAUUUGGUGCAAACUUCAUGGGCAUUGCUCGGUCUUUUAUGUGGUGGACAGGCUGAAAGGGAUCAGACACCAUUACACAAGGCAGCAAAAUUACUUAUAAAUGGGCAAAUGGAUGACGGAGAUUUUCCUCAACAGGAAAUAACGGGAGUGUACAUGAAGAAUUGCAUGUUACAUUAUGCAGAAUAUAGGAACACUUUUCCCCUAUGGGCGCUCGCUGAGUAUCGAAAGCGUGUUUGGUUGCCAAAACAAGAAAACUAAACUCCAUUCUAUAAAAUAAAAGAAUUCAAUAUGUUCUUUCAUGAGAGUUAAAUACAUUGCAACAAGUCUAUUUCUUUUGUACAAAUAUUUGUUUAAACUUUAAAGUAUUAAGCUUAAAGCUAUUAUGUAAUGUCCCAAAAAUUCUAAGUAAAAAUUUUCUUUUUAAAUCGAUCAAAAUAACCAUUCAUUCGGUUUGAAAACCAA